GGAAGCAGCGCGGAGGGGAUUUCAAGCGGCACACUCGCCUCUUCCGGUCUCUUUUCCCUUAGCCACCGGACGAAAAUGACGAAGGGAACUUCAUCUUUCGGAAAGCGCCGGAACAAGACGCACACUUUGUGCCGUCGUUGUGGAUCCAAGGCUUACCAUCUGCAGAAGUCCUCCUGCGGCAAGUGUGGCUACCCCGAGAAGCGCAAGAGGAAGUACAACUGGAGCGCUAAGGCCAAGAGGAGGAACACCACCGGAACCGGCCGUCUGAGACACCUGAAGGUCGUCUACCGCAGAUUCAGGUACGAUUUAAGAUGUGAUAUUCACACAACACGGAGCAGGGCUUUCAUUUCAGACUUUUUAUUGUGAAGCAUUCAUUUAAAA